GUGGAAUUAUUUGUAUCUUUGAAUGAUUACUUAUUUUAUUUUACUUCUGCGUUUCAACGGCAAUUGGUCUAUUAGUUUCUCAAUCUUAGUAGAUUUUGCUAUUUUGAGAUGGUUGACUUGUGGAUGGGUUUUCUAUUUGGGUUAACUAUGUGCAAACCCCGAGUACGCGAUGGAUUUUGGAGAAGCUCAAAAACAUCAUGCUUUACCCUGGGUGUUUAUGCCUAUUAUUGGUUUGCCAAGCUGCGAGUUUUGCUUUGACCUGCUGCCAGAAGGGCGUGUCACGGGAGAACAGGAACCAUAGUUAUUUAAAUUUCUAAGUUUGGGAUUUCGUUAUUAUGGUUUAAGGAUUGGACUGGUUUGCUCACUUCACCGCGCGCACACACUUGGCGGGUCGAUAUUAUUUGUGGCCUAAAGCCAUGUACGAAUGUGAGGCUUUAAAUUUAGGAAAAACGAAUCGUGAUGCUUUGUUGGAAAAGAUACACCCUUUAGCUGAGCCAAAGCCAACAAAGGAGGAGGAGAAGAAGAGGGAAAAAGCAGCACCACCUGAGGAAGAGGAUUGGAAACGAAUUUACUCAUACGAGGAGAAGACGGUAAAAGCAUAUCUUGAUCCUGACAGACAAGGAUGUAUAAAUUGGGAAAAGAAAAAUCGAUCAUGGGAAAUACAGAAGGGUUCGAUACCAUCGUUCGAGGAGGAGGAGAUGAUGCAAAAACCCCUUAUUCUUGUUUUGGGGAAGGAGGAGGAGGGAAGGGAGGAGGCGAAGAGAAAAAAAGCAGCACCACCUGAGGGCUGGGAAAAAGAGUACUCAUACGAGGAGAUGAUGCUAAAAGCACGUCUUGACAAACAAGGAUAUGGAGAGUGGGAAAAAAAGCAUCGAUUAUAGGAAUUACUAAAUUAUUUGGUACCAGUUGCCGAGGGUGAUAAGAAGGAGAAGCAGAGGCAAUAUGAAGUUCGUUAUUUAUUGGCAUUACUAUCACUACGGGAUCCCGUGAUAGCAAAAGAGCUACUCGAAAAGAGGUUAGAUAAACUUCUUUUAAAAGAACCAGUCUCGAACAUUCUGGACUUGUUGGCACCUGGGGAAGGGGAUCCAACAAUUCCUCUGACCCCUGAGGACUUGCAAUACCGUCGACCGAUGCAUAUUAUAUGACUGUCAAAGUAUUAAAUCUCACUCUUGGUACACCUAUUGAAACUUUUCAAAUCCAUGCUGGUACACUUUACGCUGAUACUGGUAAAAUUAUCUACUGUUGCCGGGCUAAAGAAGGGGUAAUCAAACACCUAUUGAUAUUUGCAGUUUGUGUCUUCCUUUUUUAAUUUUCUAUUGUAAGUGUGGUUUAGGUGGAAUUAUUUAUAUUUUUGAAUGAUUACUUAUUUUAUUUUAUUUCUGUGUUUCAACAGCAAUUGGUCUAUUAGUUUCUCAAUCUUAGUAGAUUUUGCUAUUUUGAGAUGAUUGACUUGCGGAUGGGUUUUCUAUUUGGGUUAACUAUGUGCAGACACCGAGUACGUGAUGGAUUUUUGAGAAGCUCAAAAACAUCAUGCUUUACCCUGGGUAUUUAUGGUAGGAUGUAUGAAACUAUUUUCUAGCGUUGAGCUUGAAUAUGGGAGAAUGUUU